CCGAUGGUGUUGUAGACGUUUGCAAAAGUAGCAGGAUAAGGGGUUUUGUUGAUUGGUUUUUGAUGAUCCAAUUUUGUUAUCUUGUGAGUACUCAAGACCAAAUAUUUGGAGCCUUAUAACAUGCUUCAAAAAAAAAUACCAAAAAUGAUAGGUGGGUUUAAUGAAUGGAAAGGCUGUAUUUAGUAACUGUCAUUACAAACGAAAGAAGAAAAUGUACUCCAAAGAAAAGAUUAGAUGCUUAACGAUCUCUCAAUUCUCAAGACAAAGAAAAGCUUUUAUUUUAUCAGAAACCUAAUUUGAUCAUCAACUGAAAUUCAAAUCCAAAUGGAGAUUCCUAGAUUUAUGCCCUGGUUUAAUAAAAAGAUCACAGAUCCUCUUCUUCUAAUACUCCGAAGAGGAGCUGAACCAAACCAACUGGCAUUAUCUGUGGCACUUGGACUUACCCUAGGAGUAUUCCCAAUCUUUGGGGUAACUGUAUUCCUCCGUGGGUUGGCUAUUGCAUUACUUGGAUCUCGUUGCCAUGCGCCUAGUGUUAUGCUUGCUAAUUUCAUUUCUGCCCCGAUAGAAUUGAGUUUGGUGGUUCCCUUUCUUCGUCUAGGUGAAGUCAUAACUGGAGGUUCUCAUUUCCCCUUAACCACUAAUGCGCUAAAGAAGGUGUUGACUGGCAAAGCCUCUCACGAAGUCCUACUUAGUAUUCUCCAUGCGUUACUAGGGUGGGUUGUGGCGUCCCCUUUCAUCUUGGCUGUACUCUAUGUGAUACUUCUGCCAUGUUCUAAGUUCCUAGUUCACAAGUUCGCUCCACUUCCUUCAAGCCCAAAAAAGCCAUUAAGCCCCUUCACAGAUGUCAGGCUCAAGAAGACGGGUGCUGGCUGGAUGAUUGUGAAUCUCAAAAUGUAAAGAAAUAUAUAUAGGUCCUCUCAGAAAAGUACUACUAGCAUUCAGAAACUCAGGAAAAGAAAACUCGGGAACUUUUGUUCGAAGCUGCUACACUUCCCAUUAGGUGGCAGUAAUCUUAGCCCUUGAUCCCAUGGAUUGGAGUUAACAUGGGGGCCUUCUUGUGUGGCAUCACACCACUAUCUGCAUGACACCUCAUGGUGGACAUGGUUGGGGGAAGACUAGCAUUUUCGACUUUCGGAAUCAAACACUGGCAUGUGCAGAUCUUGACCAUGCGGCUGAGUAUUCUAAAGCUCCACGGCAUUUCUCGAGUCCAAGUACUAUUUUCAAAUUCCACUUCAAGUCCCUUCUAGCUGUAACCAGUAACUGCCACUUCAGGUCCCUUCUAUUGUAACCAGUAACUGCUGAAUUUCCUUGGCCUGAAGGGUUUGCUUUGGAGAGCUGCUGAGAAAAUUGGUACCUUGAGCAACUAGACUCCUUUACUUUACAUUUGCCGUAGAAGUGGGUUUAUCCUCCAGCUCCGGCCCGUUGAUCUUAUAAAUUCUGCGAAUCCUGUUUGAACUCUGAAGGGAAACUUAUGUUUAGUCAAUUUAUACAUCGUAAACGUUAGGAUUCAUGCGACUUGCCACUUUAUACGUGGUUUCCAUUUCCACUGAAGAUUUAGGAAUGACUUGCGUGACGAAUCCACUUUUACCGUAACGGGCUCCACAUCUAAUGGAAAUGGGUACGACACCUUCAGUGCGUGCAUGCCUGCACAAAUGAGCAGAGUUACAGAAAGAGGAUUAAAAGGCAGAAAAGCUAAUAGGCAGAAAAGCUAAUAGCCUGUUUGGACGUAGAAGUAGAAGUAGAAGUAGAAGUAGAAGUUAAAGUUAAAGUUAGAAGUGCUUCUCCAGAAGAAGCAGAAAUCAGAAAUCUAGAUUUUCUGCUUCACAAAAAAAAUCGACUUUUCUAUUUCUGGAAGUCAUUAAUUGUACACCCAAACAGAUUUUA